GCCAGUCGGUCUCGACAUUGGAGUGGGUCAUGAUUAGACCCAAUGGUCGAUUCCGUAUUCUGUGAUUACCACUGAUCAGUAUUGAAAUUGAUUCAGGACGGUUAGCAUUAUCGUUUCUCCGACAAAAUGUCUGCAUGGAUUGAUUCAAAACGGUUGGAACCAACCGAAAAUAACAGUAUAUUUUAGACUUUACAGUCUAUGCGCCAUUUUGUUCUAGUGUCUAGCUUAGACGCCAACAAGGAAUGCGGUGAAAACCUUCAAAAUGCACCGCAAUUCAGGAGUUACAUUAUUAAUUGUUUGGCUCAGCUUACUCGCAGGUUUGAAGCGUGGUCAAGCGGAGAGCAUCUGUGCAUUCUACGAUAAAUCGUUCCCGCUCUCCAGUUUUGUGGAUACAAAAGACACAGAUACAGACAAUGCCGUUAAAAGCUACGAGGGAGAAACAUCCAGUAAGGAGAUGGAAAAGGCGUCGUUUGGUGGCGAAAUUUUACCCGAUAAUAAAACCAUUCGAUGUGUGGAGGACAAGACAUUUUGUUAUACUCUGUGGUCAGCAGACGCACACAACAAAACUCAAAUUACCAUUAUCAAACAAGGGUGUUGGAUAGGAGAAGAAGCAUGUACAAAUGUUAAUUGUCUUUCUAAGACAGAACCUAAACCAAUCCCACCAUCCAACAGUUCUCAAGAAUCUAAAUUCUGCUGUUGUUCUAGUAAUAUGUGUAAUGAGAACGUUACUGAUGUCUAUGUUCCUGGUCUUCAUACUACUGCUAUUCCAGUUUUUCCUGAAUUUGACCAAAAUUACAGAGAAAGAACUAUCAUAAUAUCCCUUGUGUCUGUCUGUUCAGUUGCCUUGGUUACAAUUGUUGUUUAUUUUCUGUAUCGUGUGUUAGUAACAUCCAAACGAGUCUCCAUGGACUCGCUAAAUAUCAUGGAAGCAGCCCCACCACCUAACAUUACCUUAGAGGAUUUGAAGUUAUCAUGUAAUGUAAACCGUGGCCGUUAUAGUGAAGUGUGGAAAGGAUUGUUGAAUGAUCAAGAAGUUGCCGUUAAAAUUUACCCGGCUAACUAUAAACAACAUUAUUUAAAUGAACGCAGCAUUUAUUCAUUGCCUUUUAUGGAGCAUGAAAAUCUGCUACAGUUUUAUGGAUCAGAUGAGCGUUUGUCCCAAGAGGGCAAUAUGCAGUAUAUGCUUAUAUUUAACUACAUUCCCAUUGGCUCAUUGAGCGGUUACCUGAAACACAACACUGUAGAUUGGCCGACACUUUGUAAAAUGUGUAUAUCUUUCACCAGAGGCUUGGCUCAUUUACAUAAUGAUAUUACAAAAGGAGGUAAGUAG